GGAGGCCCGGGCGGGCGGGGGCGGGGCGGGGCGGCGCGCGGGGAGCCCGGAGCCCGGCCCUGCGCUCGGCUCGCUCGCCUCGCGGCGGGCGCCCUCGUCGCCGGCGGCGCACCAUGGACGGGCUGCCCGGGAGGGCGCUGGGGGCCGCCUGCCUGCUGCUGCUGGCGGCCGGCUGGCUGGGGCCCGAGGCCUGGGGCUCGCCCACGCCCCCGCCCUCGCCGGCCGCGCCGCCGCCCCCGCCGCCCCCGCCGCCCGCAGCCCCGGGAGGCUCGCCGGACACCUGCACGUCGUGCGGCGGCUUCCGGCGGCCCGAGGAGCCGGGCCGGGUGGACGGCGACUUCCUGGAGGCGGUGAAGCGGCACAUCCUGAGCCGCCUGCAGAUGCGGGGCCGGCCCAACAUCACGCACGCCGUGCCCAAGGCCGCCAUGGUCACGGCCCUGCGCAAGCUGCACGCGGGCAAGGUGCGCGAGGACGGCCGCGUGGAGAUCCCGCAUCUCGACGGCCACGCCAGCCCGGGCGCCGACGGCCAGGAGCGCGUCUCCGAGAUCAUCAGCUUCGCCGAGACAGAUGGCCUCGCCUCCUCGCGGGUCCGCCUGUACUUCUUUAUCUCCAACGAGGGCAACCAGAACCUGUUCGUGGUCCAGGCCAGCCUGUGGCUCUACCUGAAGCUGCUGCCCUACGUGCUGGAGAAGGGCACUCGGCGGAAGGUGCGUGUCAAGGUGUACUUCCAGGAGCAGGGCCACGGCGACCGGUGGAACGUGGUGGAGAAGAAGGUUGACCUCAAGCGCAGCGGCUGGCACACCUUCCCGCUCACCGAGGCCAUCCAGGCCCUGUUCGAGCGGGGCGAGCGGCGGCUCAGCCUGGACGUGCAGUGCGAGGGCUGCCAGGAGCUGGCCGUGGUGCCCGUGUUCGUGGACCCGGGGGAGGAGUCUCACCGGCCCUUUGUGGUGGUGCAGGCGCGGCUGGGCGACAGCCGGCACCGCAUCCGCAAGCGGGGCCUGGAGUGCGACGGCCGGACCAACCUCUGUUGCCGGCAGCAGUUCUUCAUCGACUUCCGCCUCAUCGGCUGGAACGACUGGAUCAUCGCACCCACCGGCUACUACGGGAACUACUGUGAGGGCAGCUGCCCCGCCUACCUCGCGGGCGUCCCUGGCUCGGCCUCCUCCUUCCACACGGCUGUGGUGAACCAGUACCGCAUGCGAGGGCUGAACCCCGGCACGGUGAACUCCUGCUGCAUCCCCACCAAACUGAGCACCAUGUCCAUGCUGUACUUCGACGACGAGUACAACAUCGUCAAGCGGGACGUGCCCAACAUGAUCGUGGAGGAGUGUGGCUGUGCCUGACGCUGGCCCUGGGCUGCGGCGGCGGUGGGGUGUGGUGGGGACAGUCCUGGAAAGGCUUCUUCCUGCUGCUCCGAUGAUGACGACCAUGACGACGGCGGCGGCGGCGGCGGGAAUGGGGCGUGUGGUGGGGCCGAGUGGGGCCAGGGAGAAGAGGACUGAGCUAUUUUCUCUCCGACUUCAUCGAGCAGAUCGGUCGGGACCUGACGGGGAACCCUCCAGCGACACGACAUCCUUGCAAACGCACACGUAGACGCGCACAGCCAGACGCAUCCUGCCACCCACACAAGCAGCCUCCGGGGUACCAGCAGCAGCAGGUGGAUGCGGUGACAAGUGGCAGCUUAGCUACCAGUGCCCAUCAAGCGGGAGAGAAUGGGGUGAGCGGCCCCCAUCCCACCAGCUGGACCAGAACCACUCUGCACCACGCCUUCCUGCACACAUCAAAGCACAAAGACAGAGAGACACAGCGCACGGGAGCCACCGCAGGGGAUUGGAGAUUCAAACUGGUUGUGGGGGGCGACAGACUGAGGACCUCUUGUGUCCCCCUUGGCCUGGCUCAAGGCCCACAGUGCCUCAGCAUCUCCUGACUCCGGUGUGGGCCGGGAUUCCCUGCCUGGGAUCCUUCAGGCAACCCAGCAGCGGAGCCUGCCCUUGGCCCCUCUCGCCUCGGGAAAGAGGCCAGAAGGGACCCACGCUGCCGGCCCGUGGAGCAGUGGCCAUGACCGUUUGACUGUUGCGGGGGUUCCCAGGCAUGACUUCUAUGUGUUUGUUUUUUUUUGGGGGGGGAGGGCGGGGAGGGAGGGGAGAAGGGUCUUCAUUUGAUGCUUUAACUGAUCACUAGCAGUUGACAGGUCAUUCCAGUUGUAUAAAUGAAAAAGGACUUUGCUACCAGGGGGGUGACCUUUUAAGUUAAAAUGGGAAUGGUUGUGAACGGGAGGAAGAAAGUUGCCAUCUGUGUCCUUGGUUAGGGAUAUUCUUCCAAGGGUGGGGGUGGGGGUGGGGUGGGAUGGGGAAAUGGCCCCCCCCCAGGAAAGGGGAGGAGGAGGAGCCCGGAGCAGGAAGUGGUGGAGGCAUUAUGGAAAUAUUGAGGGGUGGGGAGGUCCCCUCAAGCAAGGGUCCAGAGGGGGGAGCAGUUUAGCUGGCCUUGGGGAGACGGGGAUGCUUUCCGCUGCUUGGCAGAAGUGGCCCGUGUGGACCCCAGGCCUCAGGGCCAACCAUAGAUGUGGCCUCUCCCAGCUCUCCUGCCCACGUGCUCCCCCUAGCCCUUGCCCCACUGCCUGAACGCGCAUGAUCUCGCGCUUGUCCAUCGCCUAUGUCCAGAAGGAUUCUUGGCAGGGCGCGGAGCCUGCUGCCCCCAGACAUCCCAGUGCCACGUGAACUAUGCAAUUUAAAGGGUUGACCCACACUAGCUGAAACUGGACUCGUACGACUCUUUUUAUAUUUUUUAUACUUGAAAUGAAAUCCUUUGCUUCUUUUUUAAGCGAAUGAUUGCUUUUAAUGUUUGCACUGAUUUAGUUGCAUGAUUAGUCAGAAACUGCCAUUUGAAAAAAGAAGUUAUUUUUAUAGCAGCAAAAAAAAUACAGUUAAAUGUAUUAUACAUAAUUUUGGAACCAAAGAGGCCAGCAGAUCAGUUUUAAUUUUUAUUAGAUGGUGAGGCCAUCUUUAUGAGGUAGACAUUCUGAACAAUCCCUUGAGUGGCCUGCCAACGUUUCAGGGUAUAAAUGGAUUUUGUUUAUUCAGUUCGAUGUGUCUUUUCUAUCCUCACACACCCAGAAGGUAGAGUAAAAGGACUGGUUAGAAUGCAGGUGUGUAUCCUUAAAUCCCCAUCUUUAUGUUUAUUUAAUAAAGCUCCCCCUUAGGUUCUGUUUCAUAAUAAUUUAAAACCAAACAAUUUUUUCCCAUAGACUUGUGUUAAAGUAUUUUACAUUUGUGUACAGUUUAAGAAAAUAAAAGAUUGGGUGCCAUGGG